GUGCGUUUGCACAAAAAAAACUUUUCCGUGUGGAUGGCCCCUAAAGCAGCUGUAUUUUCCUUUCUAGGAUCAGUUUGACCUAAUUCAAACUUGGCACUUCUGAAAAUUAAUAACUUUUUUUUCAGCUUCAGCAAUUUACAUACCUUAUCACUGUGCAAACCAAACGUAUUUUCCAGGCAGAAAUAAGCAACCUCUUUUCUCUCAGCACCCCUGAUUGUUUCUACUCUUGAAAAAUAUAUAUGAAUAAAUCUGAGACAGAUGAUCUGUGGCAUGCCUUACCGGGUUUUUAUAUAUAUACUUGGAGCUGUCGGCUCUCUCCAUUUGUUCCAUUUUUUAGACCUUCUAACUGGCCAUAUUGAUUUUUCCAUAGAUGUCUGCCAGUAAGUGCUUUCUGAGACCAGCCAUAUCUAAAAUCUGGCCAGAGUGAUCUAGAGGGACAGCAGGAAGUCCAAUACAUUAACUGAAAGCACUUUUCCUGUUGAUGCCUUUUCUGAAUUGAUUGUAUGGAAAUGAAGGUCUGUUAAAGCCUUCCUGAUGUAACCACCCAUUGGGACACAAUGUACAGACAAGAAUAUAUGGAUGUGCGCCAACAGUCUGCCCCACAGCGUCAAGGCGAGCCUGUCUCUUUCUCCAUCUGGGCCGGGACGGGUGGGCAGUGGCGGGGGCUCCCCUACAUCCAAGAUGGGCUACUAUGGAGGGGUGCCUGUGGAGGACAUGCAGGCCCUGGCCAUCACUUCUCUGUCGGCAGCAGAUGUAGCCAAACAAUAUGAGCACAUCCGCGAGCUGGGGAAGGGCACGUAUGGCAAGGUGGACCUAGUGGCACACCGGACGCAGGGCACCAAAAUGGCGCUGAAGUUUGUUACCAAGAACAAGACGAAGCUGAAGAGUUUCCUGCGGGAGUACAGUCUAACCGGCUCACUUAGUUGCAGUCCCUUCAUUAUCAAAGUCCUGGACGUGCUCUUUGAGACGGAGGACAGCUAUGUGUUUGGACAAGAAUAUGCCCCCGCUGGGGACCUAUUCGACAUCAUCCCCCCACAGGUGGGUCUGCCAGAGGAAAUGGUCAAACGCUGCAUGCAACAACUGGGCUUGGCCCUUGACUUUAUGCACAGUAAAAACCUGGUGCAUCGGGAUGUCAAACCUGAGAAUGUGCUCCUAUUUGACCGCGAGUGCCGCCGCAUCAAACUGGCUGACUUUGGUAUGACCCGACGCGUGGGAAGCCGUGUGAAACGGGUGAGUGGCACCAUCCCCUAUACAGCGCCAGAGGUGUGCCGCGCUAGCCGUGCUGAAGGUUUCCUUGUGACCACCAGUCUGGAUGUGUGGGCGUUCGGGGUUCUGGUCUUCUGUAUGCUGACAGGCAAUUUCCCCUGGGAGGCAGCGCUGCCGGCGGAUGCCUUCUAUGAGGAGUUUCGGCGUUGGCAGAAAGCAGGUUGUCCUGUGGGGACGUACCCGUCUCAGUGGCGCCGUUUCACUGAUGACGCCUUGCGCAUGUUUCAGCGGCUGCUCGCUGCUGAGCCGGAAAAACGUUGCGGAGUCAAGGACGUCUUCUGCUUUGUCAAGUAUGAGCUGGUCAGCGAGCUCAGGCGCAGAGCAUCUUGCCGAGCCAAGAGAGGUGAAAGGUCAAGUUCGGGAGUGUGCACUGGCAGUUGCACUUCCUCGUCGUCCGCCACUUCGUCACGUUCCUCCCACAGACACCCCGAGCCCUCAACCCCUCCAGGAACAUCCUGCCUGCGCCCGGCACCACUUAAACGCAGUGUCCUGUCCGACCCGCUAUCUCCCAGAGAGGAGUCUGGACAGCACCAGUCUCCGAGCCGAGACAAGAACAAAAGCCAGAUGAUGAUGGCAACUGCCAUCGAAAUCUGUGUGUGACCACGUGAAUGUUAGCAGCGGAGACUAAAUGGCUUUUCACAGUAAUAACAAAGCUGUGAAGAGGUGUUAAUGACUACCACAGAGACUCCGGUGGAGGAAAAAGAGAGUUAGGCCUAGUUUAACCAUGAAAGAGAAGCUCAGGAUCACAUCCCCAGCUGUGCAAAUGGACAACAUCAAUCAGCGGUACACACGUGGACAGCUUAUCACUGGCACAUGCCGUUUAGGUUUUGAUUUGUGACCAAAGACUUAUUCCCAAGCUGAGAAGCCGUUUAAGAGUCCGUUGAUGUUGCUCCUCUCAGCAGCUCAUCCUGCCAUCCAGACAUGUGUGUUUUCUGCCCAUACACUGUGGUGGUGCUAAUUAUUCUAUAAUUACAUACUCCAUAAGAAAAACGGCUUUUCUCUUCUCUCUCAUCACUCCAUGUCUCUUUACUUCUGUUUAUGUUAUGUCUCUUUACUAGUGUUUAUUUAUCUGAGACUAUAAGCUCCGGGGAGGCCAACACUUUAUCUGAUCUGGUGAUGCCGUUCAGUCGGAGCCCGGUGUUCUGAGGGCAAUGUACGCAACAUUCGAUUGCCAUUUGUCAGACUUCCUGCCAACUUCCAAUGCAUAAAAUUUGUCUUUUUUCAAGAGAAUGUGUUAUAAAGAGAAAAAAAAAAAAAAAAAAAAAAGGAAACCAUUAUGUAGCAGUUUGUAUGAUCAUGUCGGUGUCUAGACUUAGAGACAUAAGCAUCUCCUCAGGACACUUCAGUGGGUCACUUCCUGUUUUAUUAUUAAUGAAAAUCCAUUGCCUGGAUGAAACACACAGCUGCCACUUCUGAAUUGCUGUCAAUGAGAUUCCUUUCCAAUGCGACAAAGUAGAAUACAGGGAUGGUGCAUUUUCUGAGGUAAAAGGGUGGUGAACAAAGAAGAGGAGAAGAAGUGUCUUUUUAUUGUUUCUUUUCUACCUGCUGUGUGUGUUUGGAUGUGUGUGUUUCAAAUGCUAAAGCACAAGAUAUUUUGUAAAGGAGAACUCUUAGUUAAAAAACUACGCCUCUAUAUUGUAAAUAAUUUGAUAUUUCUAGGAGUGCCCCGUAUUAUCAGGUAGUUCAACUAUGUAGCGGUACUAGUUUUCUAUGAUAGGGAUAGGGGUUUUAGGGUUUUACAGUCACUGUCGGGGCAAUGCAAUGUAUGUAGCAACAAAGUAUGACAAAAUGUACAGUAUAUAUCACAAGAAAUUAAAUUAUUUAUAUAGAAAUAUGAUCAAGAGCCUGUCACAACAUAUAACAUGGUAGCAACAGCUGUUUUUUCUUUUAUUGUAUUUGGGUUUCAUCUGAACUGAAGCAGUUUUCAGUUUUCUGACCCAGGUAUGACACACAAAUUGGUGAAUAGAUGCCACUCAUUUCUGCAUUUUCCUGUCACCAUAUCCUUAUCAUGAGCAACAUCCAUUUCCUGUGUAAAAUCAUUGCGCUUCCUGGCUUCAUUUAAUCUGCGAAAGCUACAGAGGGGCUGCUUUGCAGGUCGACACCUUCACAAAAUAAUAUGUUGUUGCACCCACUUUUAAUAUAAUCCUCCUGACUCUCUUUGGGAAUUCAUCCAAAUGUAUCCGUUGAAUAGCAGAUCCCAGGUGUUUGUUAUCUGGAGGGAUUACUUCUGUGUCAGCUAAUGAUGUUCUGCGAGCUGAAGA